AGAGGGAGAAGCAGGCUCCAUGCACCGGGAGCCCGAUGUGGGAUUCGAUCCCGGGUCUCCAGGAUCGCGCCCUGGGCCAAAGGCAGGCGCUAAACCACUGCGCCACCCAGGGAUCCCCAGACUGAAUCUUUUAAUACUGAUGUGGCCUGAUUUUCCCGGACUUUUGACAGUUCCCUCUGGGACUGUGCAUCCAUCGCAGCUCUACGACAGCUCAUCACAUCUUCGCCGAGGGAUGGGAACGUCCGCAUCAACGUCGAUGAUCCGUGACACCACCGGAUACAGCGAGGGGUAAACAGGCCUGGAAUCUACCAGAGUUUCACACAUCUGCUCCUUGGUUUGACACUCAAGGGCCACGCAGCCCGAAUAUGUCUUUUCACCUCUGUAACUGUCUAACAACCGCUUCACGGUGAUAAUACAUGUCAAAGGCACAGUCGUCAGCGAGCGGCUGCGAGGGACUCAACCGUCAGUUCCUGAGUCCCCCGCCCCUCCGCCCCCGCGAGGAAACCUCCGCCUCGAGCUCUGGGGCGGAAACGUGUGAGGCCGGAUGAGACUACAAUUCCCAGCAGGCGUAGCGGGAGCGGCGCGUCACCCAGGCGCAGACCACACGCCGCGGGGCUUGUGGGAGCGCAAGAUGACCGCGCGGGGGUUGCGGCGAGCCGCGAGCAGGCUCCUGGAGCGGCCGGCGGUUCCGGGCCGCGUGAGCCGAGCUUGCAGCACGUUCCGCACCUUCGCGGAAGUUCUCAGGCUGCCCCAGAGACAAAUGACGAAGCUCGCGUUCCCCUUACGGGAGCUGCAGCGGCACCUCACACCGGACUCGAGGUUGGGCCUCCACGUGAAGACCUUUGACCCGAGCCUGGAGGCCAUCUCCCAGGCGGAGAGCGUCUUCGCCGCCGGCGGCCGGCACCGCAUCGAGUACGUCAGCUCCGCCGUGCGUCUCGACCACGCCCCGGACCUCCCUCACCCUGAGGUAUGUUUUAUAGGCAGAAGCAAUGUUGGAAAAUCCUCUCUAAUAAAAGCCUUAUUUUCACUGGCCCCAGACGUCGAUGUCAGAGUCUCCAAAAAACCGGGACACACAAAGAAAAUGAAUUUUUUCAAAGUUGGAAAAUAUUUUACAUUGGUGGACAUGCCAGGUUAUGGCUAUAGAGCUCCCGAAGAUUUUGUUGACAUGGUAGAGACCUAUCUAAAAGAACGAAGGAAUUUGAUGAGAACAUUUUUGUUAGUGGAUAGUGUUGUUGGAAUUCAAAAAACCGACAAUAUUGCCAUAGGAAUGUGUGAAGAAUUUGCAUUACCUUAUGUGAUGGUAUUAACAAAAAUUGACAAAUCUUCCAAGGGGCAUCUUUUAAAACAAGUGCUUCAGAUCCAAAAAUUUGUUGAGAGUGAAACACAAGGAUGUUUUCCUCAGUUGUUUCCUGUAAGGAAGAAGUUUAUCAAUGCCAGAUGGCUUGGAAUGGGACUUGCAGGAUGGGAAGGCCUUUACCAGGCAUCAGAUGGGCUGGGCAUUCUAAACAUACAGGACCAGGUGUAGACCCGGAGGCCGCCCGUACACCCCCAUUUCCGCAUCAGACAUUAGGGGGAGCGGAAGAAAUGAAAUGAAGAGGCUCAUGCAAGGUGUGGUAUUUGAAACACGGAAGAGGAGAUUUACUUUGUCCAAGCCCGUCCAGGAAGGUUCCCUUAUCUAUCCGACUGUCGGUCACCCCCAUCCUCCAUCAGUGUUUACAGCAAGCUGGUGCUGCAAGCUCUGCUGAUCUUCACCUCAUUAAUAACUUCUUGAUAGAUUGUCUUCAGCCACACUGACGACACCUUACUUGAGAAAGGUCUAUAACGUGUUAGAAAGGCAGCCCAUGGGUCUUGGAGAUAGACCACCAAGGUUAUAAUUCUAGGUCUGCCAUUUACUACUAAUUCUAUGACCUCAGGAAAUUUACUUAACUCCAGCAAACCUUAGUGUCCUAAGGGGUAAAAUGAAAAUAGUAGUCUCUACCUUAGGGUUGUAAAGUGCUUUAGAACAGUGUCUGGCAUACAAACAUAUUUACUCUUACCAGAAUUAAUAUUGUUCUUAUUUCUAUUUCUACUGUUUCAUCGGAGUAAUAAUCUUGUCCUCUUGUAACAUUUGCCAAGCUCUACCUGCAUGCCUUUGCAAAUACUAAUUCCUCCACUUGGAUCAUCCCUAUGAAACACAGUCUUCCUUCCCCUGGUGGUUCUUCUUGAAAUCUCAUUCCCCACUCCAUAGCUUGAAAUAGAGACUUCUUUAUAUAUUACCAUCGUGCCUUGAAUUGGCCUCUGUGUUAGCUUAUUAUUGCUGCUGUAAUAAAUCACGACAAACUUCAUUGCUUAAAAGAAUUAUAUUUCUGGAGGUCAGAAGUCCAAAAUGGAUCCCACUGGACUAAAGUUGGCAGGGCUGGAUCCUUCUGGAGGCUCUAGUGGAAAAUUCAUUUAUUUUUUCCAGUUUCUAAAGACCACUUCCAUUGCAUUCCUGAGUUCAUAUGUCCAUCCUCUAUUUUUUUUUUUAAGAUUUUAUUUAUUUAUGCAUGAGAGAGAGGCAGAGACACAGGCAGAGGGAGAAGCAGGCUCCAUGCAGGGAGCCCGACGUGGGACUAGAUCCGGGGUCUCCAGGAUCACACCCUGGGCCGAAGGCAGGCGCUAAACCCCUGAGCCACCCAGGGAUCCCAUCCUUUUUCAAAGUCAGUAAUGUAGCAUCUUUCAAACUCCCUCCACCCUCCUUUUCUCUCUCUCAUCCACCUUCCUACUUAGAAGUACCCUGGUGAUUGCAUUGGACCCACCAAAAUAAUCCAAUAUAAUCUCAUCUCAGAAUCUAACUUAAUCACAUCUGCAAAGUUUGUUUUGCAAUGUAAGGUAACAGUCACAGAGUCCGUGGUUUGGGAUGUGGACAUCUUUGCGGAGCCAUUAUUCAGCUACCAUGUACUCUCUCAUAGAAUUUACUUCACUGUUCAGGCUCCCUGUGAGGAAGCUGCUUCUCCCUCUGCCUAUGUCUCUGCCUCUCUCUGUGUGUGUCUCUCAUGAAUAAGUAAAUAAAAUCUUUAAAAAAAAAAUUUACUUCACCGUAUUGUAUUAGUGUGCUUGUAUGUUCUCUCCAACAGCAUCUGAGCUUACUGAAGGCAGUACUACCAGUAUAGUUUACUAAUUUUUUCUCUUAAUGCUUAGCUCAGAGCCUGGCAUAUAGUAAGACCUCAAUAAAUUUUAAUAGUUUUAUUUUUAAUAGCUUUAUUGAGGUAUAAUUGCUAUACAAAGAACCACACAUAUUUAAUGUGGUUAAACCACACAUAUAUAACUUCACAGUUUAUCGAUAUUUACUGGUUGAGUAAGAGACUAGAUAAUGCUGGAAUAGAGUUUUUAAAAGAUGAUUAGGAAUUUCUCAGGCAUAUAAGGGAAGAAUGACAUCCCUGACAAAAGAGUUAAACAACAUGGGUUGGAAGAAUCAUUAGUCUUGGGUCAGUAUAGCUGGAGCAUGGUAUGUGCUGAGGGAUGAAGCUGGGAGUUGUGGUAUCAGAUCCUGGGCAGAACUUGGGUUUUACCCUGAAUGCUGUUGGUUCCCAAAACUGGCUGAUUGUGAUUACUUGGAUAGCUUUUAAAACAUAGAAGUUAUCUGAAAGAAUUGACAUGCACAGUUGUGGAGGUUGGAUAGUCAAGUUUGAAGUCCAUAUAGCAGGCCAACAAGAGCAAACUGGAAACUCAAGCAGGAGCUGAAGCUACUGAUCUUCUGUUUGAUGGGAUUUCUUCCUCUUUCCUGUUUUCAGGGAAACCUCAGUUCUGGUUUUAAAACCUUUUAAGCUAAAAAAUUAAAUAAAUAAAUAAAUAAAUAAAUAAAACCUUUUAAGCUGAUUGGAUUGGGUUUACCCAGAUUUCCCAGGAUAAUCUCUUUUUCACAUAAAGUUAACUGAUUGUAGCUGACAAUUCCAUCUGUAGAACACCUCCACAGAAACACCUAGUGUUUGACUGAGUAACUAGGUACUCUAGCCUAGCCCAGUUAAUACACAAAACUGACAAUUAUGAACAGGAAAUGACUUGCUCACAUACAGACUAAAGGAAAGGAGGCAAAAAGAGUAGAGAAGAGUUAGAGAAGCUAGCCAUACUACGGAGAUAGAAGGGAGAAAAUUAAUAGAACAAGAUCCAUUAUUCAUUCAAUAGUUUUUGAGCAUCCAUUGUUUGCCAGGCACCAUACUAAAUCCAGAGGAGACCAACAAGGAUAGGAUCAAGUAUUCAGGUAAAGGGGUUGAUUUAAAGAUCAAAAAAGCCUUUAUUAUCCAAGCCAGGAAGAAAAAUAAAAAUAGCUUUAGAUGUGAUGUCUAGUGUGGGGUACUAGGAGGAUGAGGGACCCCAGAGCAAAAGCAUCUGUGUUGUCUGUGGAGGAGGAUAUACAAUCAUUACCAAGUGUAGAGGGCAGGGAAAUGGGGUUGCAGAUAAGCAGUGGAUAUUUCAAGUCAGAGCUUCC